AAUCAAAAAGAAAAACAUGCAGAAAUCGCUUCUUUCCGCAAUCUAAAAAAUCCAAAGAAAACCGAAGCUCUCAACAAUGUUCCCAAAGCCCCACCACCAACCACCGUCCCAUUCUCAGCCUUUUCCCCGUUCCUUUCCCGUCACCGCCACUCCACCACCGAGAGAUUCCCCCGAUGACGAUUCCGCCGCCGCCCCUUCCCCUCUCUCUCACGCCAUCGUCCUUAAAGAACCGCCCGCCUCCGCCGACGGAGCUUCCAUCGAGGUCGUCCGUCGCCCCCGUGGCCGUCCUCCUGGAUCCAAGAACAAGCCAAAGCCAACGGCCGUCGUUGUCGCCGGCCGUGACGCCGAGCCGCCGAUGAGUCCUUACGUUCUUGAAGUACCCGGCGGUAGCGAUAUCGUCGAAGCUAUUUCCCGAUUUUGCCGCCGCAGGAACACAGGGCUUUGUAUUCUCAACGCUUACGGAACAGUCGGUGACGUCACUCUCCGGCAGCCGGCUUCGUCUUCGGUCGGUACCGUCACUUUCCAUGGACGAUUUGAUAUUCUUUCCGUUUGCGCUACCUUUGUUCCCCAAACGACGUCGUUUCCAAUUCCUAACGGAUUCACCAUCACGCUAGCGGGACCACAGGGUCAGAUCUUCGGCGGCUUGGUCGCCGGAUCUUUAAUCGGUGUUGGAACCGUCUACGUAAUCGCCGCCUCGUUCAACAAUCCAUCGUAUCAGCGGCUGCCGUCGGAGGACGAAGUCAGAAAAUUAACAUUCAGCGAUGUGGAAGAAGCUCACUCUCCGAUCUCCGGCGGGAAAGAUAGCGAAAACACCGCCGCGGGUGGCGCCCCUGAGACUUGCGGUUUGCUGCCGAUGUACAGCACUCACUCAUCUUCGGACGUAAUAUGGACUCCGGCGGCCAGACAACCCCCGCCGCCGCAUCACCAUCGCCAGUACUAAUUAUUUCGAUUUCUGUUUCUAAUUGGUUUAUUUUUCUAAAUUUGUGAAGGUUUUUUUUCGUUUUUUUUUUUUUUUUUUCAAUUAGUUUUGUGAUUCUGUUAGGGUUGCGUUUUUUGAUUUUUGUUGUGUCAAAUUUCUUUAGGUUUUUUUGUUUUUUGUUUCUAAAUUUUUAGUCCCUCAAGAUGAAGGAAAUUUCCGGAAGCAACCCUCGAAAAGAAAACUUUGGAAUGAAUCCCAUUGAAAUUUGAACCCCCCGCCCUUACUUA